AUGAUGACGACAUCCACUUAUCUCGUCGACGCUUACACAAUCCACGCCGCCAGUGCCAUGGCCGCCAACACCCUCUUCCGUUCCGUUGUUGGUGCUGUCCUGCCACUUGCAGGCUUACGGAUGUACGAUAAGUUAGGCCUUGGAUGGGGUAACUCUCUCCUUGCCUUUAUCGCAUUGGCCUUGGUCCCGCUUCCGGUAAUAUUCUAUCGCUAUGGCGAGCGGAUACGGACCAGUAAACGGUUUCAAGUAUCCUUCUAA